UCGGGAUGCUGCGGUCUUCACGGAGAUGGAGGAGCGGGCGGGUAUUCUUUGAACAGACAGGCGUUCUUCUCAUGCCAUCCAGUAGACUGAACCUGUUCCUCCACUUGUCGUCUGUGGGCGGAGAUGUUUGUUUCGUUCUCUUCUCUUCAGUCUGUGGCCUCUCUCAUCAGCUCUUCAUCCCUUUGCACGUUUCCUCUUAUUUAUUUCUGAUUUGCCUCCAUCUCCUCUGAGGCAGACGCAGGGCAGCAUGAAGGUGGAUCUGGAGGCGUCUCCGCUGGCCAUCCAGUGCCGGGACGUGUGCCGGUCCUACGGAAAACUGAAGGUCCUCAGCAGCUUGAACCUGACCGUGCCGCAGGGACACAUUUACGGCCUGUUGGGGCCCAGCGGAUGUGGGAAGACCACGCUGCUGAAAUGCAUCGUGGGAACGCUGAAGAUCUCGCGGGGUCACAUCUGCGUGUUGGGGAAGCCGCCCUCGUACCCGGGUCACGGCGUGCCGGGGAGGAUGGUCGGGUACAUGCCGCAGGAGCUGGCGCUGUACAACGAGUUCACCAUCAGCGACACGCUGACCUUCUUCGGACGCAUCCACGGCCUGACGUGGAAGGAGACCCGGGCGCGCAUCGACUUCCUGGUGGACUUCCUGGAUCUCCCCCAGAAGCAGCGCCUGGUGCGAAGCCUCAGUGGCGGUCAGAGGCGGCGGGUGUCCCUCGGAGCGGCUCUGCUGCAGAACCCGGAGCUUCUGAUCCUGGACGAGCCCACAGUGGGGGUGGACCCCGUCCUCAGGGCCAAGAUCUGGCAGCACCUGGUGGAGAUAGUGAAGACGGGGAAAGUGUCCGUCAUCAUCACAACGCACUACAUCGAGGAGGCCAGGCAAGCCAACGUGGUGGGUCUCAUGAGGAACGGACGCCUGCUGGCUGAAGGACCUCCAGACGCCGUCAUGAAGCAGCACAGCGCCACGACCCUUGAGCACGCCUUCCUGCAGCUGUGUGAGACGCACGACCAGAGCGGCGCCGAGCGGGGGCUCUGUCCGCCGGGGGGGGCGCUGGAGGGCAGCCAGUCCUUUGAGUCCGGCCGGGACGAGAGCCGGCCGAUCCUGGGGGUCGGACUGGGGGGGGCCGCAGAGGAAGUGCCCUCGUAUUCAGCGGACUGGAAGGUGCGGGUGCGUCACGUUCUUCCCAAGUGGAGGAACAUCGGUGCCCUGAUGAUCAAAACGCUGGUGCGGAUGAAGAGGAUGCCCGGCUCGCUGUGUUUCCAGUUCCUGCUGCCCGUCAUCCAGGUGUCUCUCAUCUGUCUGUGUAUCGGCGGAGACCCGGAGGGGGUCCAGGUCGCCGUGGUGAACAACGACACCUCGCCCUCGGCCUACAGCCACUCGCUGCUCUCCUUCCUGGACAACAGCAGCGUGCACCAGGUGCCCGUGUCCCACCAGGAGGCCUUCGAAGGGAUCUAUAACGGAGAUUACUGGGGCGUCAUUGGCUUCGGCCAGAACUUCACCAGCUACCUGACGAAAAGGGCGAUGCAGCGCCAGGUGUCCAGGGAGGUGGUCGACGGAGGAUCGGUGCACGUCUGGCUGGACCUCACCAAUCGACAAAUUGCCUUAAUGCUGCAGAAGAAGCUACACGAGGCCUUUCAGACUUUUGUGGAUAAUAAAUUGGGAAGUUUAUCGUACCUGGUUGCUCAGCCAAUAAAGUUUGAAGAGCCGAUCUACGGAAGCCUGAAUACGGACUUCACCACCUUUGUGACUCCUGGAGCUGUUCUCAGCAUCACCUUCUAUCUGGCCGUGGGUCUGACGGCUCUCUCCUUUGUCCUGGAGAGGAAGGAGGGGCUUCUGGACAGGUGCUGGGUCGCAGGCGUGAGCUCCCUGGAGACCAUGCUGGCUCACCUCUUCUCUCAGCUGUUUGUCAUCAGCGUCCAGAUCGUCCUGCUGCUGCUCUUCAUCCUGCUCGUCUUCAAGCUGCCGAACGAAGGCUCCUUGGCGCUGGUCGUGGUCCUCAUCGUGCUGCAGGGCAUCACCGGCAUCUCCUUCGGCCUCGUCAUCUCAGCCGCCAUCGACGACGAGCAGAGCGCCAACCAGGCCGCCCUGGGAAUCUUCUACCCCAACCUCAUCCUCAGCGGUAUCAUCUGGCCGGUGGAGUGUGUCCCGUAUCCUCUCCGCUACGUCAGCAUGGCUCUUCCUCAGACCUACGCCUCUGAAGCCCUUCGUUGCAUCAUGUACAGAGGUUGGGGUCUGUCCCAGAUGAUGGUGUGGCGCGGCUUCGCCGUCACCCUGGGCUGGAACACCUUCUUCCUGGUGCUGGCCACGGUCAUCCUGAAGCUGAGGACGUGACGGCGCCCACGCGUUGCCGAGCAACGGCUGCACGUGAAAGCACAGGAGGCCGGAUACGUACCUGCACAAGGUGAAAGUCGUGUUAAAUGAGGAACCCGUUUUGUCUCCAUGUGCAGCUUGUUGGAUCCUUCCUCCUUUAGACAUGCACCAGCUCAGGGUCACGUGUUUUCACGUGUUGUCCCCUCUCUUCAUGCAAAUAGAGUGUAGAAUUCCGUUCUACAGUACAUUUGCAUUAUAGAGAAGUUGUGUGUACAUGUGAAAAGGAGUCUGAGCACAAAACAUGUCAGUGUUUCCAAGAAAAUGUGAAAUAAUAUUUGAUUUUGUAUCAGUUUGCAGUUUGUUGCUUUGUGUCCUGUGAACCAGUAAAGGGUUUAAAAGUGUGGACCUCUGCGAAUGGUCAGAGACGUUCUCCUCGUCAUCGAUGUUCUCGUGUUUGCUGUCUGCUGGAGUUAUUGACGGGAAAGAAUUGGUCCUGUAUUACUUUCUUUACUUAAAAUUGUUAUUGUGACCCUCCAAGAUUUGCUGGAAGCUGCUCUUCUCACAGCUUGAAGCUCUUCAAGCCGUCUGAUGAAUAUGAUUUUCAAAACUAUGUUCACAUAAAGCACACAGGAGGAGUUCUGUUUAGGAUGCAACACCCAGAAAGGAGCAGUAACAUGCAACAAUAAAGAACCACGGAGGGUCCUGAGCUUAGCUUAGCUUAGCUUAGCAUUAAAACGGGAAACAGCUGUCCUGGUGGUUCGAAGGCGGAAGAAGCAGCAGAUUGAGCAUCACGCGUUGUGCCAUAAAAAAAGAUUAGUGUGUGUUUACAUUGAUCUGGACGCAUGCCAAGCACACUGGAACAUUUCAAACACUGACACCAGCAUGUUCCAAGUGUUUAUAUUAUUAUAUUUUUCAUACCCACGUAGAAACGGGGGUUCCAGCGGACCCUGGCUUUGCGCUGGAUGGCGUCGUGGUCUCACGCCGGCGUUGUAAAUGUUCUUGUUGGGGAUGAGUAUGUGAGGAUGUUAUGAGGGUUUUAUCCGAGUUCAUUGGUGCACAACUCGACUCCCCAUUGCAUAAUAAUAUUCCUUUUCUAAAGUCAUCGUAUGCACAAGAUUUGGUAAUAUUGUGAGUAACCUUUUUAUUUUUAUUUCUGUAAGAUCGUCAUGUGGUGAUUAUUUGAUUCUGCGAAUAUGCUUCAAAAUCUGCAAAACCAACUCACCAUGCAGUAAAAAAUUACUGUGUAAAUGAUUAUAAAGAUGUAUAUGAACUGCAAUUAUACUAGUGACACAGUAUUUCAAAAUAAAUCUAAUUACAUGAGUUCUUAUCUGUUCUCAGAUGACUGAGGUUUCCUCUCUGUGUGAUUCAUGUAUUUAAGGGUGAAAACCGAUUGUGAAGUUGUAAUUAUAUUGAAAGACACUUUCAAUUAAAUCUGAUAAGAUUAAAGCCACGACCCCUUAGAGAAGCGUCCCAUAGACGUCUAUGAGGAAAUGACUCUACUUCUGUGUAGUGACCAGCAGGGGGCGACUCCUCUGCUCCCAUAGACGUCUAUGAGGAAAUGACUCUACUUCUGUGUAGUGACCAGCAGGGGGCGACUCCUCUGCUCCCGUAGACGUCUAUGAGGAAAUGACUCUACUUCUGUGUAGUGACCAGCAGGGGGCGACUCCUCUGCUCCCAUAGACGUCUAUGAGGAAAUGACUCUACUUCUGUGUAGUGACCAGCAGGAGGCGACUCCUCUGCUCCCAUAGACGUCUAUGAGGAAAUGACUCUACUUCUGUGUAGUGACCAGCAGGGGGCGACUCCUCUGCUCCCAUAGACGUCUAUGAGGAAAUGACUCUACUUCUGUGUAGUGACCAGCAGGGGGCGACUCCUCUGCUCCCAUAGACGUCUAUGAGGAAAUGACUCUACUUCUCUCUUGAUUUAUUCCCUCAGUAAACAUUGUAAACAUGAGUUUAUGAUCUCAGUCUCUAGUUUCAAGUCUUCUUCAAUGCAGCAUGAUGUUCAUUUAGUGAAUAAUGGUCCAUUUAGAGUCAAACUGACAGCAAAGAACUGGUGAAGUGGGCGUGGCUCGCUGCAAAGUGGGCGUGGCUGACAUGCAAAUGUGCAAGCAGAGGCCUUUUAACAUUGAUUCAUUGGUUGCGUAACUCCUGUACUUCAUUUUUGCAACUUCCUUUGUUAUUUGAACCACAACCACAGUUUCUUUUUAAACAUAACAAAAGAGAGUUGCCUAACAUUCGAAUAAAUAUAUAAUACGAACAGUUGACUGAGGAUGUUGGUGUUUAAUUGGAAUUGUAAAACCUCAAUAAACGACACGAGAACUG